CUACAUUUUGCACAACCGACGGCCAUUUUCGAGCAAAUUCCGUUAUCCAUCUAGGGGCUGUUUCUGGUGAAGUAGCUAGACACUUUCCCCUCUAAUUACAAAUUUGGGGACCAAAUCUCACAACGGAAGCCCUAAUUAAGCGUUUGUGUAGCUGUUGGGGAGCAACACGGGAACCAGAUAUCCUAUUGCCUCUUUGUCUUCUGAAGAACUUGAAGGGACCAUGGCCUUCCUGGGGAUAGCGGUGCGCAGGGUUGCCAACUGCCACCUGUCCCUCUCCCCUCUGUGCAGCUCUGCAACCAGGUCCCGCUGCUACAGCACCAGCCCCAGCCCAGAGCACACCACAGAAAAGAGUGUCCCCUACAAGAAUGUUCUCAAGGUGGAGGAGGGGGGCAGCGGGCCUACCAAGCCCUUACCCAAAUCAGCCGGGGCUGUGGUGAUUGGAGGGGGCAGCCUAGGAUGCCAGACCGUCUACCACUUAGCCAAGAUGGGCAUGACCAACGUGGUGCUGCUGGAGAGAGACAGACUGACUGCCGGAACCACCUGGCACACAGCAGGUCUGCUGUGGCAGCUUAGGCCCAGUGAUGUGGAGGUAGAACUUCUGGCCCACACCAGGCAGGUGGUCAGCCACGAUCUAGAGCAGGAGACGGGCCUAGAGACAGGCUGGAUCCAGAACGGAGGACUCUUCAUCGCAUCCAACAAGCAGAGGCUGGAUGAGUACAAACGCCUCAUGUCGUUGGGGAAGGUCUAUGGUAUCGAGUCCCAUGUCCUUUCCCCCGCUGAGACCAAAGACUUGUACCCCCUGAUGAACGUAGACGACCUCUACGGCACUCUGUAUGUCCCCAAGGACGGCACCAUGGACCCUGCUGGUACCUGUACCACCCUGUCCCGGGCCGCUGCCGCCAGGGGAGCCACGGUGAUCGAGAACUGUCCAGUGACUGGGAUUCAGGUCAGCACAGAUGACCUGGGAGUAAAGAGGGUCAAGGCAGUGGAGACCGCCCACGGAAUCAUCCAGACCCCAGUGGUUGUAAACUGUGCAGGAGUAUGGGCCACUAAGCUGGGUAAGAUGGCAGGAGUCAAGGUGCCUCUUGUCGCAAUGCAUCAUGCCUACGUAGUGACCGAGAGGAUUGAGGGCAUUCAGAACAUGCCCAAUGUGAGGGACCAUGAUGCAUCUGUCUACCUCCGUCUCCAAGGCGAUGCCCUCUCUGUGGGUGGUUACGAACCAAACCCAGUCUUCUGGGACAAGGUUUCUGAUGCUUUUGCCUUCAGCCUGUUUGACCUAGACUGGGAUGUUUUCAUACAGCACAUAGAGGGGGCCAUCAACAGAGUCCCUGCUCUGGAGCAGACUGGCAUCAAAUCCACUGUCUGUGGGCCUGAAUCAUUUACAGCGGACCACAAGCCCCUGAUGGGUGAGGCUCCGGAGGUCAGGGGAUUCUUCCUGGGCUGCGGCUUCAACAGUGCCGGUAUGAUGUUGGGAGGAGGCUGUGGCCGAGAGUUGGCCCAUUGGAUCAUCCAUGGACGUCCUGAAAAGGACAUGUACGGCUAUGACAUCAGGCGGUUCCACCAGUCCCUCACAGACAAUAGCAGGUGGAUCAGGGAGCGGAGCCAUGAGUCUUAUGCUAAGAACUACUCGGUUGUGUUCCCCUUUGAUGAGCCCUUGGCCUCCCGUAACAUGAGGACCGACCCCUUCCACAAGGUCCUGACGGAGCAGGGCUGCUUUUUUCAGGAGAGACACGGCUGGGAGCGACCAGGAUGGUUCAGCCAGGACGGUCCGGUUCCGGUUCUGGACUACGACUGGUACGGGGCCUAUGACAUCAGCCGGAACCAGAACUACAAAUACAACAAGCUGCUUGGCGAGGAGUACACCUUUGACUACCCCCCACAUCAUCACCUGAUCAAGAACGAGUGUCUGACGUGCAGACAUGGCGUCACAGUUUUUAACAUGUCCUACUUUGGAAAGUUCUACCUCACCGGGCCAGAUGCCAAGAAAGCUGCAGAUUGGCUAUUCUCCGCAGAUGUCAGAAAAGUACCAGGGUCCACUGUGUACACCUGCAUGCUGAACCAGAGAGGAGGAUCUGAGGCUGAUCUCACUGUCAGCAGACUAGAGGCUGGUGCCUCCAACCUGCCCCUCACACCGGAGUCUAACGGUGAUGCGUACUACUUGGCCAUUGGUGGCGGUGUGGCUGAACACAACUGGAACCACAUCCGGACGGUUCUGCAGGAUGAGAGUUUCAACUGCCAGCUGACGGACCACUCUGAAGACAUGGGCAUGAUCAGCAUUCAGGGUCCCAAAAGUCGAGAGGUGCUUCAGGAGAUUCUGGAAACUGACCUGAGUAACGGAGCCUUCCCCUUCUCAACACACAAAGUCUGUAGUGCUGCCGGACACAAGGUGCGAGCCAUGCGCUUAUCUUUUGUGGGCGAGCUGGGCUGGGAGCUGCACAUCCCCAAGGACUCCUGUCUGCCAGUCUACCGGGCUGUCAUGGCUGCCGGCGCCAAGCACGGCAUCAUCAAUGCCGGAUACCGAGCCAUCGACUCCCUCAGCAUAGAGAAAGGCUACAGACACUGGCACGCUGACCUGCGCCCCGAUGACACGCCUCUGGAGGCGGGAUUAGCGUUUACCUGUAAAUUGAAGAGCACGGUUCCCUUCCUGGGUCGGGCCUCUCUGGAGAAGCAGAAGGCAGACGGACUACACAGACGCAUCGUCUGUUUCACCAUCGAAGAGAAAGUCCCGAUGUUCGGUCUGGAGGCAAUCUACCGGAACGGCAUCCCUGUAGGCCAUCUGCGGCGCUCCGACUAUGGAUUCUAUAUCGACAAGCAGAUUGGAUAUGGAUACAUCCGAAACCCUGACGGGGGAGUGGUGAGUACUGACUUUAUAAAGAGUGGGAAGUUCACUCUGGAGAGGAUGGGCGUGGUUUACGAGGCCAAGGCCCACCUUAAGUCACCCUUUGACCCCUCCAACAACCGUGUGAAAGGCAUCUACCCCAACGAGCAACACAACUUUUGCCAAGCCAGCGUGUAAUGUAUAUAGAGGUGGGAUUGGGAUUGAAUGAUCUAUAUUACAUGUAGCUAAAUGUCCCUAAUCUCCCCCAGCCAAUACCACUAUUGAAGUCAGGCCUGGGUUCAAACACUGUACGUUUGUUCUUAGUCGUUGGGGUUUGCGUUUUUUUCUAGUCUUUGCGAUUCAGUUGCAACAGGCCUACCCAAUCAAACUGAAUAAGAAAUGUCAAAUAAGAAUUGUAUUUUGUGUACCCAGGUCUAUGUGCAGGCUUCAUGUUUACUGUCUGUCUGGCUCUUAGCUUGAGAAUAGUAGCUAUUAGGUCAAUAUUAAAGGCGUAGGCGUGGAUUUUCUCCAUGAAAAUAACUUUAAAAGAUUGUCUGAUUUUAGGUGUCCACGUGUACUUUGAAGGAAGUCACCCUGAAGUUUGUGCAAUUGCUAACUACCUGUAGCACAAUAAGUAUUUGGGAACAGCUAGAAUAUAUGUAUUGGCUCGUGAAAUGUCCUCCAACUUCCUACAUACGGGGCGCAGAGAUGUGAAAUUGGUAUCAACACUUAUCUAGCUCUGGGCAAGUAGGUAAAGGGAUUUUGUGCCAAAAUGCCAAACUAUCCCUUUUAUGGGAUAUAACUACAUGAACAUCUCAUGUCUUGUCACACCUGACCAUCAUAUUGUUCUGACAGGAGACAAGGCUUCAAGCUUGGGAACUCAUUGUCUGUAAGUCACCUCUGUGAUUAAAGUUAAAUGAUUAACAAAGAUGUAUAAUGAUCCCUGUCAUGUUUAUUUUGGGUUGGAGAGAUUUUUGUAAAAAUAUUUGAUUUAAUUAUUUAAACUGAAAAUUUAAAUUAAUUAAUUUGUUGUACAGCUAUAUACAUUUUGUUUUGGUCAUGUCUCUGGUGCUGCUGUGGCAUGAUAUAUCCUGUCUUCAAUCUAGCCAUUCCUGUGUUGGAAUUAGUGUUUGUACACUAUGCUAAUGUCAGAACAGAUACCCAAUAUACUCAGUCAACAGCAAUGAAUAAAAGAUAAUUACUGUGAAAAAACAGAACAGA